UUCCCAAACUUCAUGUUUCAACCCUACGUAUUAACCAUCCCCACUCAUCCUUCGAUUUCAGAGGGCAAUGGCUGCUGCUGUCAGUUUCUCCGGUCGAACCCCAUGCCCACGUUUGAACUCCAAGGCAGAGGAAUGGCUCGCCCACGGACCCAGCUUGCCCUACAAAGGAACUUGUCAUUUUAACAACAGCAAGAUAAUACCUCAGCAUGGCCUUUAUGUAAGAAGGCAGGCAGAAAGCAGAAUGUUCAGAGGCCGCAUACCUGUUAGAGCUACUUUCUCAAAUAGAAACUCAAGUUUUGGGUCAAGUUCAACGUCUUCAUCAGAUACAAUCAACAGAUUCUACACAUGCAUCAAUGAGAAGAACUUGAAGCAACUACGUGAAAUCAUAUCCGAAGACUGCUAUAUUGAGGACUGCUCCUUUCCCCAACCAUUCCAGGGAAAAAAGGAUUUUAUGCAGUUUUUGGAACAACUUACCGCAUGCAUGGGCCAGAAUGUUAAGUUCACAAUUGGACCUGUUUGUGAAGCAGAUGAGUUGGCCGCUGGAGUGAAAUGGCACUUGGAAUGGAAAAAGAAACAGAUCCCCUUCACCAGAGGCUGCAGCUUCUUUGAGUGUUCAAAACAGGGAGAAAGAAUAAUUAUUAAGAAAGCGCAAGUCGUGAUUGAAUCACCAUUCAAGCCAGGAGGCUUUGCUCUGAUUCUGUUGAAGACUGUGACGUCAUUAUUUGAUGAUUUCCCCAAGGCCACCGAAUGGUUCCUGAGGAGUCCCCACGUAGUAUUACAAUGGGCACUAAGGAUUUACGCCAUUCUUGUGGCACCUUUUAUCAAUCCUCUACUGGAAGGCUACAUAAAGUUUUGGAAUGUUGUGGCUCGAGCUCUUCUCUUGGCAUUUAACAUCUUGCGCUACAUUUCUAAAUUCUUCUUCAACUAGACGAAGACGGCAUGCAAGGCUAGCAGUACUAGAGCAAUGGAUUCACGUCAACUGUCAGUGAUCAGGGAGUCAUCAAUGUUAAUACAAUUGGACCAGGUGUCUAACAAUGAGAGAACCAAUAAUGGUCUAAGAACAGAAGCUGGGAGGGGCGGAGGCCAGCCUGCUAAUUAAGGCAACAAUGGAACCAUUCUUCUCUCUUUUUAUUUAUUUAUUUUUUUAAAAAACUGGGUUUCUCUUGUUACAGUCUUC